GUUUUCUUAUUCCAAAUCCAAUCGUCGAAGCAACAGGUUAUACCCCAGCAUCUUCGUUUAUUCUGUUCAGCAAGUGUGUCCAGUACAAAAUUCUCAAUAAAUAUAAAAAUGGCCUGCAACAAGUUCCUAACGUUUAACAAUGGCGAGAAGAUGCCCGUGAUUGGCAUCGGCACCUGGCAGGCGUCCGAUGAGGAAAUUGAAACCGCCAUCGACGCGGCUCUGGAGGCGGGUUAUCGUCAUAUAGACACGGCGCCAGUCUAUGGAAAUGAGAAGGCCAUCGGAAGGGUCCUCAAACGAUGGUUGGACGCUGGAAAGGUCAAGCGGGAGGAGUUGUUCAUUGUGACCAAGGUGCCACCUGUUUCCAACCGACCGCAUGAGAUUGAGCCGACCAUUAAGAAAUCGCUGGCCGAUUUGGAGCUGGAAUAUGUGGAUCUAUAUUUAGUUCACACUCCCUUUACCAUCAAUAUCAACGAGGACGGCAGCUUUAAGCUUGACAAGGAUGGUCUGAUGGAAGUGGACGUGACUACCAAUCACGCCGCCAUCUGGGCGGAAAUGGAGGCGCUGGUGGAGAAGGGACUCGCCAAGUCCAUCGGCGUAUCCAACUUCAGCAAGGAGCAGGUGGCCCGUCUGCUGAAGAACUGCAAGAUCAGGCCGGCCAACAACCAGAUCGAACACCAUGUUUACCUCCAGCAGCGGGAUCUGGUCGACUUCUGCAAGUCCGAGAACGUAACCGUAACCGCCUACUCUCCGCUGGGAUCCAAGGGCAUUGCCAAGUUCAACUCGGGCGCCGGCAUCGUAAGGGAUUUGCCCGAUCUGAUGGACAUCCCGGAAGUCAAGGAGAUUGCUGCCGCUCAUGGCAAGACGCCGGCCCAGGUGCUGAUCCGCUGGAUCAUCGACACCGGUGUGUGCGCCAUUCCCAAGAGCACAAACCCCGAUCGCCUCAAGCAGAAUCUGGAUGUUUUCGACUUCGAACUCACCGCGGAGGAGGUGGAGAAGUUGUGCAGCCUGGAUCAAAACAUUCGCAUCUGUGACUUCGCCUUCUUCCAUGGUGUGGAGAGGCAUCCGGAGUUCACCUUUAAGAAUCAGUACACCAACUAACAUCAUCUUUAUGUUUAAAUAUAUAUAUAUGAAGUCUUAGAAGACGAAAAAACUAAUUAUAUUUUUGUUAAAAAAUCAUUAUUUUACAAAGUAUUUACAACUUUAUCCACAUUUGCAUAAUCUGUGUUUAUUUUAUUGUUAUACCCAUAAAUUCUUCACAAUGA